AUGCCUCAAGAUAUGCCGCCCACCGGCGGCUACGAGCCCGUCCAAUACAAGCGCAACCUGCCCGCCCGCGGUUUCCGUCCUGCCACCUACCUGCUCAUGGUCGGCGCCAUCUGCUCCUACGGCUUCUGGCGCGUGGGUCAAGGUAUCCGCGAACAGAAGUAUGCUUUUAUCCUCGACCUUGAACACCACCAUCCUCAAUCGCCAGAGAAUCCAAUUGUUGCGCGUAAAAGAGCUGGGAGAGACACUUGA